AUGGAGCUCCUCUCUCGUACCGUCGUCGGCGCUCUUUCGCUGUCGGUAGCCUUUGCUGGCUCUGCUUCUGCUCUUGAGGCUUUCCGCAAGCCAACUGUGUCCACCACUGCGAACAAUGGAACCGCUCUUCUCGCCUCUCGUGGCUCCCCUGUUAGCAUCCACGCUGAUGCUGCGGAUUGGCCUGGUGUUUUGCGCGCUGCUCACGACCUCGCGCUUGAUUUUGGACGUGUCACUGGUAGCAAUGGCACAAUGAGAGUCACUGGGUCGGCAAAGGCCAGUGCUUCUAUGAUUUUCAAUGUUACUGGUAUCAGCAGCGACUGGAGUGUCAGUGGAAGUGCUCCUGCGAGCUCUUCUGCUGGAACCAUUAUCGUGGGUACUAUUGGUAACUCAAGCUUAAUCGACGGCUUGAUUUCUAGUGGUCAACUCGAUGUCAGUGGGGUCGAAGGCCAGUGGGAGGCUUACGUGAGCACGGUAGUUAAGAACGUUGGAAACAUGACUGGCGACGCACUCGUCAUUGCUGGUAGCGAUCGCCGCGGUGCCAUUUACGGUAUAUACGAUAUCUCUGAACAAAUCGGUGUCUCACCAUGGUACUGGUUCGCAGACGUGCCCGCCAAGAAGCACGAAUCCAUCUACAUGCUCAACGCCACAAAGGUCCAAAAAUCACCUACAGUAAAAUACCGCGGUUUCUUCAUCAACGACGAAGCACCUGCUCUGACCGGCUGGGCAGGUAGCAAAUUCCCCAAGACCCCCAAUGGUGCGACUUUUGGAGCACAAUUCUACUCCAGGGUCUUUGAACUGUUGCUCAGGUCAAAGGCAAACUACCUCUGGCCCGCUAUGUGGAGCAGCAUGUUCAAUGUUGACGAUCCGCGCAACCAACCGCUUGCAGACGAGUACGCCAUUGUGAUGGGAACAUCGCAUACUGAGCCCAUGGUACGCGCUACACAAGAAUGGACCAAGGUCGCCAAGGGUAGUGAAUCAGGAUGGUCGUGGGCAACCAACAACGCUACUUUGUACGACUUCUUCUACGAUGGCGCUAAGCGUGCUGCACCAUACGAGAAUGUUGUCACAGUCGGUAUGCGAGGAUACCACGACACCGCCAUGUCCUCUGAUGUACAAACCAGUGUCCUCGAGGCCGUGGUCAAUGCUCAACAAGACAUUCUGAGCAAAAUUCACGGAAACGCAUCCGAGGUUCCUCAAAUGUGGUGCUUGUACAAGGAAGUCCAGGACUACUUCGAGGCUGGCAUGGAGGUCCCCGACUGGGUCACUCUCCUUUGGACCGAAGACAACUGGCAAAACAUCCGCCGCCUCCCUGUUGGCGACGAGAAGAAACGAAGCGGCGGUGCUGGUGUCUACUAUCACUUUGACUACGUCGGUGACUCACGUAACUUCAAGUGGCAAGACACCAUCCAGCUCCAGAAGACUUACGACCAAAUGAAGCUCGCCAAGGACCGUGAGGCGGACCGUAUCUGGAUUGUCAACGUUGGUGACAUCAAGCCCGCUGAGAUUGCCAUUAGCCAUUGGUUCGAUAUUGCCUAUGACAUGGACUCCUACGACGAGACCUCUGUACCAGAGUGGCUGACUGGUUUCGCUGCCCGCAACUUCGACGCUGAGCACGCUCAGACCAUCGCCGAUAUUAUGGAUGAGUACGGUGCGCUCGCCAACAUGCGCAAGUUUGAGUGGGUCGAGCCAUCAUCCUUUAGCAUCCACAACUACGAGGAAGCAGACCAGAUUCUUGCUCGAUGGGAAGCACUUGCCGAGAAGGCCAACGCAAUCAGCAGUGCACUCCCCGCCGAGCAGCAGCCUGCUUUCUACGAGGUUGUUCUCCACCGCGUACUCGCCGGAGGCAACAUGGUCGAUAUUCAGGUAUCUGGUGCAAGGAACAUGGUAUAUGCGCAGAUGGGACGCAACAGUGCCAACCAAUGGAUGCAGCGUGUAAUCGACGGCAUGAACAAGGACCACAACCUCACAAAGCGAUAUCACGCACAACUCAACGGAAAAUGGAACCACAUGAUGGACCAAACCCAUCUUGGCUACCAGGGGUACUGGCAACAACCCAUGCGCCAAUCCACCCCCGACCUCCGCUGGGUCCAGACUCUCGAGGACUCCCUCGCAGGCAACAUGGGAAUCUCCGUCCAAGGUUCCAACGCCACCAUCCCCGGCGACGACCAAUACCACAGCAACGGCGGCUCCUCACUCCCCCUCCCAGACAUGACACCCUACACGCCGCGACGCUGGAUCGAAAUCUCCCACCGUGGCACCGAAACCUUCUCCUGGAACAUCAGCGCCGACCCCUUCAUCGUGCUCUCGCAAGCCAAAGGCACCCUAUCCCCCACCGACCCCGACGUGCGCGUCUACGUAACCGUCGACUGGACUAAACUGCCCGCCGGUUUCAGCGCCACCAGCAAACUAAACUUCAGCGCCUCCACCCCGUUUAUCGGCGGAAACCCCCAGGUAACAUUCGCCGUAAACAAAACCUCCAUCCCCUCCUCCUUUGCGAGCGGCUUCGUCGAAUCCUCCGGUCAAUUGGCAUUUGAAGCCGAACACUACACCCGUAUCACCCCAGGCACCUCAAACAACACAUACACCACACUCCCCAAAUACGGCCGCACACUCUCCGCCAUGAAGCUCAAGAACAACCUCGCUGAGGGCCUCACCACUGAGUCGGCGCCUGCACUCGAAUACGACUUCUACACUUUCACGCCCACGACCGCGAACAAGGGCCUCAACGUCACCAUGAUACUCACCCCAACACACAACAUCAAUCCCAAAGCACCGCUGGCCUAUGUCGCGCAGGUCGAUGAUAAGACACCGCAGCGCAGGCAGUUUGUGAUUGAUCAGCCGCAGCCGAAUUUCCCGGUUGGAUGGGGCAAGGCGGUUGCGGAUUCGGCGUGGUAUAACACGACGAAUUUCGGGGCCGUGGCACCGGGGAAGCAUACAUUGAAGGUGUGGUUGGUGGAGGCGAAUGUUGUGUUGCAGAAGGUUGUGCUGGACUUGGGGGGUGUGGUUGGGAGUCAUAAUGGGCCGCCGGAGAGUUUUAGGGUUGGUGCGUAG